AUGGCGAUAAUAGGACUUCCUGACAAUAUGUCUACCGCAGGUCUUAUCGCUCGCACUGCAGCGGUUCUCUCGGUCCUUGUCAUCGUCCGCUUUUUCUACCGGCUGUACCAAGUACGGAUGUUGUUUAGGGACGCAUCACAGAAAUAUGGCGUCUCAAUUCUCCCUCAUUCAUUUUGGCUGGGACAUCUUGAGAUAAUAGCCAAGAUACAAGCCAAAUACCCGACAGACCUUCACCAGCAGUGCAUGCCACUGCUGCUUGCUAAGGAAUACCCUGAGGUGGCGGAACAAGCAGUCCUCUACCUCGACGUCUGGCCAUUCUCUCACCCUAUGUUAGCAGUCUUCCACCCGGAUAUCAUGGCGCAGUUCACCCAGGACAACUCAAGGCCGAAGCACAGCCAAAUGCGAGAAGAAUUCCACAUCCUGAGUGGAUGCAAUGAUCUUGUCAACCAGGAAGGCCAGGUUUGGAAGACGUGGAGAAGUAUAUUCAACCCCGGCUUCUCCGUCAAGAACUUAAUGUCUUUGAUACCGGCCUUCUUGGAAGAGAUCCAGGUCUUCCGGGAUUGGUUGGGUGAUGUUGCAGAGAGCGGCCAGAUCGUUCAGCUUGAGCCCAAGGCCAUGCGCGCAACUGCUGAUAUCAUCGGACGGGCGGCACUAGGAGAGCGAUUGGAUUGCCAAAAAGGAGAUAACCCGUUCUUUGAAUCACUUAAAACGGCUAUUAGCUGGAUCAUCGCGGAUCACAGCCCUCCUAGUAUCCUCAAGUCGAUGCACCCUCUCCGUCGCAUCCAGUUUUGGAAUAGUAAUCGCAUCAUGAAGAACUACGUCAAGCCGCUGAUCGAGCGAGGCGUUGCCGAGCAUGCGCAGAACAAGAGCGGCUCUACUGGGCCCAAGACCAUCAUGUCUCUCGCAAUCAAAGCCUAUGUUGACGAAGUGCAAGGAUCCUCUGGCGUUCCAGGCGUCGACCCUACAUUUGUGGAAAUCGCAGUCUCCCAGAUUAAGAUAUUCAUGCUUGCUGGCCACGACACGACGGCCUCGACCCUGUGCUUCAUUUAUCACCUUCUGAACAAAAACCAGCAAGCGUUGGAAACCAUCCGGGCCGAACAUGACGACGUUUUUGGAAAGGAGACUGAUGCUGUGCGAGCCAAAAUAUCUUCAAACCCGCAGCUAUUGAAUCAGCUUCCAUUCACGGCUGCAGUCAUCAAGGAGACGCUGAGGCUUUUCCCACCUGUCGGGACUGUUCGUCAGGGCUCUGAGGAUUUUUUUCUCACGCACCCGGACACGGGAAUCCGCUAUCCCACAAAAGGAAUGAUGAUAUUCAGCUGCAGUAUAGCUUCGCAGCGUACUGAGCAGUUUUGGCCCCGACCAAACGAGUUUGUCCCGGAGCGAUGGUUCGCAAAGGAGGGUGAACCUUUUUAUGUCCGAAAAAAUGCCUUUCGCCCAUUUGAACUGGGACCCCGUAACUGUAUCGGCCAAGAAUUGGCUCAGCUGGAGCUGAAAGCGAUAUUGGCCAUGACUAUUCGCGACUUUGAUAUAUCAAGUAUUUGGGACAAGGACGACCCAGAAUGGUUUGGAGACCAAGCCUAUCAGGGAAUGCUGGCCAAUGAGAUAACAGGGCAUCCGAAGAAAUAUAUGCCUGUCAGGGUAGUGAAAAGGGACUGA